AUGCUGGACGAGGAGCGCCCACUGCUUCCAAUUCAAGCUAGCGACAAUAACACGUAUGUGCUAGGACGCAUUGGCCAGCACAACAUCGUCAUGGCAUGCUUGCCCGAGUAUGGAACCAUCAAUGCCGCAGUCGUCGCGACGAACUUGAAGCGAAGCUUUCCGGAGAUUCGCGCUACUUUGAUGGUUGGCAUCGGCGGCGGACCUCCUAGCCAGGCCGACUUGUACCUAGGGGACGUAGUCGUUGGCACAAGGGUAAUGCAGUAUGACAUGGGCAAGGUUAUCGUAGGCGGCUACUUCCAAGAAACAGCCGUCGCGAAGACACCUGCUCCCCUGCUAAACUCAGCUGUGUCCACUCUACGGUCGAGACUCGAUCCCAGCAGCCCAAGUCGAAUAACAAGCCUCUUGCGAAGCAGACUUCCGAACCUCUGGAACCUCUGGCGCCUAAAUCACCCUGACCGCCUUUUUCAAGCGGACUAUGAACACUGCCUCGAUGCGCAAACAUGUGAUGGCUGCGAUCCGGAGAAGCUGCAGCUACGAAAAGCACGCUUUACUGACGAACCCAAGAUCCACUAUGGAGUCAUCGCUUCGGGCAAUAGGGUCAUGAAGAAUGGGUAA